AUGGUUCCCUGUUCUUCAGGAGUCCUCCUUCAGUCUCUCUCCCCACAGUUUCAGGGAGAGGAGACACAGGGGCAGGUCACACAGUGUCACCAAGCACUCAAACAGUGUUACCACAUGUUCCCAGGUCUGUUAGUGCCACCAAACACCUUACAGUCCCACCAGUUCCUUUGUUCUCUUUCAGGGGAAAUAGAGAAAUUAAAGAAUGCAUUCCUGCAUCCAGGCAUGUUGCCGAGGGCAGAGUGCUCCCCAAAAUUACAAAACAACAAAUCAAUAAAAAAGGAAAGAGAACGUCGCUGUGGCCCGCCGUUCCCAGUAGGGGGAGCUCAACCUCCUCCUGUUGGGAGCAGCUCUCUCAGUCGCGGGCGGAUGACGUCACUCACGUGCGACGUGUUGGGCCCGCUGGCUUCAAGAGUGGAGCGGUGGCGCGCAUGCGCAGUUCCCCCUUGGGUGUUGACAACAGUUGCCAUGGGUUACAGACUACAGUUUGCUGUGAAACCACCCAAAUUCAGCGGUGUGUUAACUUCUGUAGCAAAUGGAGCGUCAGCUCGGGUCUUGGAAGAGGAGAUUGCGGCGUUAUUAAUCAAACGCGCAAUCAGACCAGUCCCAAGCGAGGAAACCCAGCAGGGGUUUUACUCCCGUUACUUCCUCAUUCCAAAGAAGGGAGGCUCGUCCCUGCGGCCCAUUUUAGACCUCCGUGUGUUAAACCAGCAUCUACGCAGAUACACAUUCAGAAUGCUAACACCCAAAGUGCUCUGCCGUUCGAUCCGUCCAAACGACUGGUUUGUGACGAUCGAUUUAGCAGACGCAUAUUUUCACAUUGCUGUUUAUCCAGCACACAGAAAAUUUCUCAGGUUCGCGUAUCAAGGGGCGGCCUACGAGUUUCUGACAAUCCCCUUCGGCCUUUCUUUAGCUCCGAGGGUAUUCAGCAAGUGUGUGGAAGCGGCUCUGUUUCCGUUGAGGAACAGCGGCAUCAGAAUAUUUUCGUACAUAGACGAUUAUCUCAUAUGCUCUCACUCGCGGGAGCAGGUGGUCAAAGAUUCUGUUACGGUGUUGAAUCACCUCAGAGACCUCGGUUUCAGAAUAAACGAGGCCAAGAGCCGCCUGCAGCCGGCGCAAUGCACAGAGUAUUUAGGGCUCUGCAUAAACUCCCUCUCUUAUCGCGUCAGGCUGUCAGAGGAGAGGGAGAGGGCAUUCACACACUGUCUCGCACUUUUUCAACUGGGAAAAGUGGUGACGUUCAGAUUGUGUCUCCGACUUCUCGGUCUCAUGGCGUCGGUGAUAUCUGUGGUGCAAUUGGGGCUGCUAAUGAUGAGGGAUUUUCAGCGAUGGACAGCUUCUCUGCAUCUCUGCUCUCAGCGUCAUCUGCACCGCAAAGUGAAAGUAACGGCGCAGUGCGUUGCGGCCCUCCGGCCGUGGAGAGAGCCUGCAAUGCUGACGUCAGGCGUGCCUCUGGGAACGGUGUCGUCCAGGGUAACCAUGACAACGGACGCUUCCCUGUCGGGGUGGGGCGCGACGUUGAUGGGCAGAACAGCCAAUGGCGUGUGGUCGCCUCAGAUGGCUCGCCUUCACAUAAAUGUGCUAGAGAUGCAAGCAGUGUUUUUAGCACUCAAACAUUUUCUGCCUCAUCUGCUGGGGCAUCAUGUGUUGGUGAAGACAGACAACUCCACAGUGGUAGCUUAUAUCAACCGUCAGGGGGGCACUCGCUCUCUGCAGCUGCACAGGUUGGCUCAGAGGCUAAUUGUGUGGGGCAGUACACGAUUCCUGUCCCUCCGAGCGACCCAUGUAGCAGGGGUUCUGAACAGGGGUGCGGACUUAUUGUCCAGAGGGAACCCACUGUACGGGGAAUGGAGGCUUCACCCACAGGUGGUGAAACAGAUUUGGCAGAGAUACGGCCAGGCAGACGUAGAUCUCUUCGCCUCUCAAGAAAACACUCAUUGCCCGCUAUUCUUCUCCCUGUCAGACGCGAGCGCACCUCUGGGCGUGGACGCUCUUGCCCACCCCUGGCCGAAUGUCCUGCUAUACGCCUUCCCACCUCUCAGCAUGGUCUCUCCGACUCUGGCCAGAGUGCGGGAGCAGAAGCUGUCGCUAAUUUUGGUAGCUCCUCGGUGGCCAUCCAAACACUGGAUAGCAGAGAUAAUGCAGCUUCUGGUGGACGAGCCGUGGCCGCUCCCCAUACGCAGAGAUCUUCUCUCUCAGGCACGGGGCGAGAUUUAUCAUCCUCACCCAGACCGCCUGUCUCUUUGGGUCUGGCCUGUGAGAGGUGGAACUUGA